UCAGCACACUCACAUUCAGCUGCCUCAGGAUAGGCAACAAUGUAAUAUACUCAGACUGGUAUCUAGAAAACCUACACACUCCACAUAUACCAUACACACACAUCCAACCACAGGCUACCACUAACAGCCUCUCUUGUUCCCAAGGAGCUCUUGGUGCUCCCAGGAUUUUCCUAGAACCCAGCCUGAAAGAGCUGGAGUGAUGGAGGACAUCACUAGGCACCAUUUCCCCUCCAUUUCCCAGAGCCCUUGGGGUCUCUCUAUUUUUCUCGCCUAACCAGUCUUCUCCCUGUGGAAAGUCCCAGCUUCUUUGCCCCUCCACCCACCUCUAGGAGAAUGGCCACUUUCCAGCCCCCACCCCUUUCCUUCCCAAGCCAAUAUUGGCCCCCAAAGCAGGAAGCUUUAGGUGUAGUACUACACUUCCUGAAGAUUCUGCCUCUUACUCCCACCCUGUCCUGACUCCACCCUAUCGUCCUACCCCGGGGCAUGAAGUUUCUCAUUAGCCCUUAGCUCUUAUCUUGGAGGCUCAGACACCAACGCUGGCAUCUCUGUCCUUGGCCCACCCUGCCUGCCCUGAGCUCAGCACAGAACCAUGGGGAACUGUUUGCAUCGGGCAGAUUCCGGGCUUCGGAACUCCGAAAACUGGACCAUCAAUGUUUUGGAUGACGAGUGGGACGCUCUGUGGAAUGAGACUUACAACUACACUGAUGCUGACCUGGACCUGGCUGCUCCUUGCCGUUCCUGUUCCCUGUUAGAUAGGUCCUCACUGCCCUUUUUUGCUCUUACUAGUGCCUUAGGCAUCCUAGGUGGGGGGGCAUUGCUCUUUGUACUCCUCAAACCCCUGGCCUGCUGGCAAUUAUGCCCAGGCCGGACCAUCCUGGCGCAGGUGGCUGGGGGCAGUACCCUCUUCAGCAUUGUUUUGCCCAUCCUGGCACCAGGGUUGAACCCUAGCCCACACAUUGCCCUCUGUUGCCUGGGACAUGGGCUCUGGUACGCCUCAGCUUUUGCCCAGGCUCUGCUGGUGUGUGUCCAUGCCUACCUAGGUCCUGAACUGCGCCAAAGCUGGCUCCUCAAGCUCUCACUGGCUCUGUGGGGAGUUGCCCUGCUGAUGGCCUUGCCUGUCGCCCUGGCUAGUGAUGUUACCUCUGGACUCUGCACCUUGUUAUUCAGCCAUGAUGUGUGGGUUUGGUAUGUGGUCCAUAUUGUGGUCUGCAUUGCCAUUUUCCUCAUUUUGCCCCUGGGCCUGGUUGGAGGAUGGAUAGUACGGAGGGUAAGAGGUGGCGGGCCAAGGCCAAGGGCUAAUGUCCUGUGGGCCUGGUUCCUGUUCUGGUGGCUCCAUGCAGUGGCGAUGGGGUUUGAUGCCCUGGUACGGUCAAAUGCCUUGGUGAUAAAUGAGUGUUUUGCCCAGCAGACCCUAGAUUUCUUAUUAGACUCGGCAAAGAUCUUGGGGAUAUUGCACUGCCUAGCCACUCCAUUCCUGCUGGCACUGUUUUGUCACUGUGUCACCUGGCCGCCCACCGUCAACCUCCUCUAGACCUUCCUUUCCCCCACCCCUCAAUCCUCCCAGCUUUAUCCUGGCAUCUGGGCAUCCUGGAAGGCAAGUCCCAGUUCUCCCUGCUGCCAAUUGACAUUAAAGUUUGUGCUGCUAUGAA